UUCUGAAGUAAACAAAUUUCAACGGUUGAAUGUUAAAGUUCUCUAUAAGAAACUGAGAAGGUAAGACUUGAAAUUAAAACAGUAGAAAAGUAGUAGUUCAGUGGGAACAUAGUCCAACUGAAAAGUGAUAAGUUUGUAAAAAUGCCAGAUUCGGUAGAACAUAUAAAAGAACACAUGUGUGAGAAAUGUGGAAUGUCUUUUGGUGACAAAAGUAACUUACGUAGACACAUUUUUGUAGUACAUAAAAAAAUCAAAGAGCACAAUUGCGGAGAGUGUGGCAAGUCUUUUGAAAAAAAGCAGACUUUAAUGAAGCACAUUGAUACAGUUCAUUUGAAAAUAAAAGAUCAAAAAUGCGGAGAGUGUGGCAAAUCUUUUGCACAUAAGGGUCAUCUGACGAGUCACAUAGAUGCAGUUCAUUUGAAAAUCAAAGAUUAUGAAUGUGACGAGUGUGGAAAGUUUUUUAGUGAUAAAAGUUAUCUAAUGAAGCACAUUGAUACAGUUCAUUUGAAAAUAAAAGAUCAAAAAUGCGGAGAGUGUGGAAAGUCUUUUGGUUAUAAAAGUGAUCUUAUGAAGCACAUUGAUACAGUUCAUCUGGAACUCAAAGAACACAUGUGUGAGGAAUGUGGAAAGUCUUUUGGUCGCAAGGGCGACUUGAAUCGACACAUUGCCACAGUACAUGAAAAAAUUAAAGAUCACAAAUGCAAAGAGUGUGGUAAGUCUUUUGGCCGAAAAAUUACUCUAAUGAGUCACAUCGAUAUAGUUCAUUUGAAAAUAAAAGAUCGAAAAUGCGGAGAGUGUGGCAAGUCGUUUGAAAAAAAACAGACUUUAAUGAAGCACAUUGAUACAGUUCAUUUGAAAAUAAAAGAUCAAAAAUGCGAAGAGUGUGGCAAAUCUUUUGGAGUGAAAAGUAAUCUGAUGAGGCACAUAGAUAUAGUUCAUUUGAAACUCAAAGAACAUAAGUGUGAGGAAUGUGGAAAGUCUUUUGGUCAAAAAAGUAACUUAGAUAAUCACAUAUCUACAAUUCAUAAAAAAAGUCAAGGAUUAUAAAUGUGGAGAGUGGGACAGGUCUUUUGGACUAAGAACCAAUCUGACGAGGCAAAUGUAGUUCAUCUGAAAUUAAAAUAACGCAUAUGCGAAAAUUAUGGGAAAGGUUUUUGGCAAAAUACUAAUUUGCAAAAUCAUGUAAAAAUAGUUAAUUGAAAAAUUAAAAUAUCCUUAUCCGAAGAAUUUCACAUGUCCUUGGGCUCUAGUGCAGGGUGAUGAAAGAUUAUACCCGAUUGAAGAGAGGUAGAUACAUCGAAGGACAACCGUAUGAAAAUUGAUAUACAACUCAGUCACGACUCAUUUGUUGAACACAUAAUAUAAUUUUAGAAAAAUAACGAGAAGAUUUAUGUUAAUUAUUAAUUUGUUUUCACGCUAAAUAUUGUAACUUUAUUUGGUUGUCUCGUCAGGGUAGUCUACUGCAUUCAAAUGGUUGAUUUGCGCGAAUCAUUUACUUAUUUGUCACUGAAUAUUGUAACCCUUAUUACUUUUUACUAAAAUACUUUAUAAUGACGAAAAAGCCGUCUGUAUUCGGCUACUGUGAUUAAAAUAACACAAAAGUAUACUUUUGUAGUUCGUGGAUGUGAAAUUAUUUUCUUCUGCUUGUAAAAUUUUCCUUGUUGAUUAAUAAGACUUUUUUUAAGA